UAUUAUUAAAUAUAAUUAUUAAAUAUAAAGUUAAGGUCAAAAAUUAAGCUAUUUAUUGCUUCAAGAAUCAAGUGUAUCACACCAGUUUUCCCAGUUUGUAUCAGUAUCUCAUUAAAAAUGCAAUUGUUUUUCUACUUAUUUUUAUUCGGAUCGGUUAAUGUGGCAAUAGGCAGAAAGUUACCCGACUUCUUAGAACCAUGUCAACAAUCAUUGAAAGAAGUUGGACCCUGUAUAUUGAAAAAUGUAGAACUUGUUAGACCUCGACUUCCAAAUGGUAUUCCAGAAUUACUCAUUCCAGCAACGAAGCCACUUACAUUAGCAGAAGCAACCUUAAAAACAAGCGGAUUUGUGAUUACGUUUACCGACAUUAAAGUAUUCGAUUUAGAUAAAAUUGAUGUUAAGGAAUUUCAGUUCAAUACAGAGACCUUAAAAAUAAAAAUUUCUGUAGUAUUUCCGGCGCUUGUAGGAAUAAGUAAAUACAAACUAAAAGGAAGAGUAUUAGUGCUAGACGUUGAUAGUUAUGGUGACUUCUAUGGAAAUUUCUCAUCGACGUCUGCUACUGUAGAAGGACAAGGAAAGUUGGUCACGAAAAAAGGAAAACAAUACUUGAAUAUCGAUGAUGCUUCCAUUGAUGUAUAUGUUGAAACCGCAUUCGUUAGUUUUGCUAAACUUUUUGGUGAUAAUGAGGAAUUAACUAUAAAUGCAAAUAAAAUUAUAAAUGAAAAUAUUAGAGAAAUUCUUGACGAACUACAUCCAAUAUCUGUACAAACUAUUAAAGGUGUGCUCUUAGGAAUUGCUGGUCGUAUUUUCAACAGAUUUUCUUUUGCAGAAUUAUUUCCUUAACUAAUACUUACAUAUUAUUGUUUUAUAAUUUUAUUCUUACGUAUAAUAAAGCUGCUUUAUUUAAUAA